GAGAACAUGGAGUUCCUGGAAAUGGCCGGUAAAAAGAUGUAUUCGAAGGAUUUGCAGAAGCCGCCCAAUGCCACGCAAGACGAUCAGGACGAUUGAUCUCCCAACCGACUGGCGGCGAAACCUGUGGAAGGAAGAGAUUUGGAAAACACUUCCUUCUAAAAUCGCAUAUUCAAAAAUAAACGUUUCUAAAAAUGGAUCGGCGUCAAAAAAUUGAUCAGGCCAUUCGAUUCCACUGAUUCUUUUUAUAUAGUGGUUUUCCUUUUUCUCUCCACCCUUUUUUUUAUUAUCAUACUUUUGUUUCCCCCUUCAUUUUCUCUAUAACAUGGCAGACACGACAGGCCAUCUCUAUGUCUACGGCGACUCGUAUUCUGAUAUACGAGACGGAAACCAAAAAUCCAACGGUCCUCUGUGGAGCGAACGAUUAGCAGACCGUUGGGGUCUGCAAUUAAAGAGUUUGGCAGAACAAGGCGCACGCGCAUGUCCUUCGUCCGCCACAUCCGUCGUCAGUUCAUCGUUUUCCAGUUUAGCCGAUCAAGUCCAGCAGCGAACAACAUCCAGUGCCAGCCAAGAUGUUCAUGCCAUCUUCAUUGGUGUAACGGAUGUCGUCAAUACCAAAGAAAAACUGGAGGCGGAAGCUUUGCGCGAUUGUGUGAAACAGCAAAUUUUCAAUAUACAGCAAACGGAUGCAAACGCUCGCAUCUUAUUAUUCGGGUUGCCGCCACUCGAAUUUUCGCCGUACUAUGCAAAGGAACCUAGCAAAAUCAAGGGGCGAAUCAUGGAGUACAAUGCAGCACUCGAAGAUAUGGUGAAUGAUUGGGAUUCCGUUAAUGGCGCCACAGCUUCACUGUCGUACGUGGAUCUAAGUACCUUGUUUGGCGCUGUGCUGGGGGAUCCAUCCGAGUAUCGGCUCUUGGACGUUGAAAAUGCUUAUUGGGACAAAUGUCAAGGCCGCUGCAACGAUCCUGUCAAUAACUAUUUAUGGUGGGAUGCCAUUCACAUUACUGGAGGUAAGCCUUUUUUUUCUGCCAUCCAUCACAGUAGGGUGCAGUGCACUUAUUAUGAGGACUAGGGGGCCACAAGGCGAUAGCCGACGCUGUGCUAGCCAGCAAUCCAUUCCAUAUGGCCAUCGGACCGGACAAGGAGUACCCUGUGGAUGCAAGUGAUAACACAGAUUUACCAGUGACUGAGCGAGAGUUUUUCUUCCCAUUCACUUCGUGGCUCAUUUUAGCUGGUCUAAUGGUCAUGAUUUUAUUGGCGACCCGACCCGCCCGCAUUGCCAAUGUGCUG